AUGGAGAAAGACGCGUCUCCUCCAUCAACCACCAACACGACCACCGCAUCAUCAACUCCACCGCAUGAAGAAAUUGUCAAAACCACUCUUCACCUCGAAAACCAAAACUUCGGCACCGACUUUGCUUCCCUCUACCACUCUAUUUUCCCGUCAAAAUCACCAUUAUCAACCACCACCACCACCUCGAUCUCCCUCAUGAGCAGCCCUUCCAUGUGUUCAUCCUCCAUCGACGAUGUCGUUUCAUCCACUCAGAAUCGCCUCAACCAAGCUCGAUUGAUCCUCCAGUACCAAGAACUCAAUGAACACUGCGAUCUCUACCGAGCUUGCCUCAUCGAUCUUCUCUUUGAGGCAGAGUCUCUUUGCCACGAGAACACUGAGCUCCGCCUCACUAACGCUAAGCUUCUCAAGCUUCUCACAUCCCAAGCCUCAUUCCACAAUCUCCUCCUCUCUUCUUUGUAUCCAACUGAGGCCAUUGUAAAGAAAAGUUUUUUCUUUUUCCCGGAAUGUUUUGAGCUUGAAAUGACAUUUCUUUGUAUUUGUUGCACUGUAUGGUUGGCAAGAAAGUGA